AGUACACCCAAAUUCAACGGCUCUAUUUUUUUUUUUCUUACAAUCAAAAUGAAGGCCCAGAAGAAGAAAAAAACUCUGAAAUCGCAGAAGCAGAAAGAGGAGGAAGAAGCAGCCCGGCUGCAGCUGCAGCUUGAAAGAGAAGAACAGGAGAGACUUGAAAAUGAGAGAAAGCAGCAGGAGAUACAGUGGUUAGAGGAAAAGGUUUUGGAGAAAAGAGAGGAGGAACUGCUUAAACUGAACACUUUACUUGAGAAAAAUUCCUCGGCAAUAACCAAAUGGAAGACUGCUGCUGCAGAAAAGGCUGCGUGGGAAAGAUAUAUGCGUUGUGAUGGUUACCCAGACCCAAAAGACCAGCGGGCCGUCAAUACUUUCAUCAGCUUGUGGAGAGACGACCUGGAGUCCAACGUUGCAGAGCAGUUUGACCAAUCCACCACAGCCAUACGACUGGCUGAAGAUUUGCACGAGCCUCUACAAGAGGCAAAAGAUCCAAAAGAGGUUCUGAAGUACCAGGAGGCUCUGAUGGAAAUGCAGGAGCUUUUCCAUUCUAAGCACCUUUUCAUAGCUGAGAAGAUCCUAAAGGGAACAUGUGAAAAAAUGGAUCCUGAUGCAACAAACCUGCAGCACGAAUACAAACAUGAGAGGCUGACGCUGUGUCUCUGGGCCAACCUUUUUAAAGACCUAAACUUGAAUGAGCAUCGUUUUGAGGAAGCUGGCCUGAGCUUUAUGCUUCCCAUGCAGCUGGUUUGGAGCGCCGUGGCCGUACGGAUGCUCCACACCCACUAUGACCACCUGUCAAUUCUGGUCAGGAUCAGACAUCAGGCACAGAAGCAGGUAGAGGAAGAGAAGGAGCUGCCCAUCGAGGAGUUAGACCAAAAACAGGCUUCAUCCCGUCCCCCAUCCAGAAAAAGUAGCGCAAGUUCAAAGAGAGGCAGGAGCAAGAUAUCUAGACAGAUGGAAGCUUGCAACAGUCAGAUGUCCAGCUCGGAUUUUUCUGAUUCUCCAACUAAGGAUCCAUUACAAGCUUCAUCCCGUCCCCCAUCCAGAAAAUGUAGCGCACAAAGUUCCAGGAGAAGCAGGAGCAAGAUAUCUACACAGAUGGAAGCUCUCAACAGUCAGAUGUCCAGCCCGGAUUUUUCUGAUUCUCCAACUAAGGAUCCAAUUGUUCCUCAGCCUAAGGUAAUAAGAAGUGGAGCCCAGGUUGUAGAUGUGAUGCAGUACACAUCUGUGGGUGGGGUUUUCUACUGUGAUCUCUUCCACCUCCCACCUCGGCCUAUCAGAAGAAAAGGAUAUACAAUACUGCAGCUUGAGGAUGGGCUGAGAGUGUUCCCGUACCCAACUGGGAAGCCCAGCAAUGAGGCCUGCCCUCCAGUUGGGGUGUCUGUUACCCUUCCUGACUGGAUUACAAACGUGGAACCUCCACUUGUGGCUCGUUGGGAUGCUGGAGAUAAGCAGUGGAGAUGGGAUGGGAUCACUGACGUAUCCUACGAGAAGGCCGAAGCCAAGAUCUCCUUCAAGAUGGAGACAUUUCAGACCUUUGCGUUGAUGCAGAAGACCUACGCCAACCUCCCCUUUCAGGGCUGGGAGCUGCAACCGCUGGGCCAAGAUUCUCUUCUUUUUACUAUCAAGGGAGCCAUCUUUGACAUCACCAUUACUAUCAAGAAUGAUCAGUGCAUGCUACAGCUGGAGCAGCAAAGAGGCCUCUCUCACCUCGUGGGGAAGUGGAUGAGCGGACAUGCGCUGCAGAAAGCCAUGCUCAAGGCGGGAGUCAACAUCUUCGUGAACGAGCACACGCACAAAUAUGUCAGCUUCUGCAGGAAGGAAUCGCUUACAGAACAAGUUGUUUAUAAACAGAUGGCCCUCUUUGCAUCUGCUUGUGCUUUCUCAUGGAGCAAGUGGAAUGCCAAAUGUGGAGAGGAGCAUCUCGUUCUUCAGGUGUGUGAGCACCAUGACCCCUCCCCUGUACCUGAAGCGUCGUGGGGCGUAUACCUCGUGGGUGCAGAGAAGAGUCAGAAACUAAAGAUUACAGAGAACAGUGAAGCUUUUUCUCCAGAACAUGUUCCUGGCAGCCUGGUCCACAACACCUUCAUCCACAUGCUAGAGGAUAAUAUGAGCCCUGAUGGAAUAGAUAUGACCAGAAAUUCCAAUUAUUGUUUUGUUGAUACUGUACAGAACCUGCUGUGUGCCACCAGACCCCUGGUUUUUUCAUAGAUUCUGCCAACAAACCUUUACAGAGAUUCCUUUAAACAGAAGUUGGCUCUAUCCAUCAAAUAGGCAUAGUUGGUUUUACAGGAUUUCCUUAAGAGGUAUUUAAGUUUCUAAAAGACCCUUGGAAACAAAUUUCCGCUGCAGUGGUGAAAAAUAUAAAUAUGAAUACUUUAGUCAGUCUUUUCAGAGUUGUUUUGACAGGAAAACUGCUAAUCCUGAUGGAGAACUUUGAUGAAUCCUCUCUGUUCUUUCUGUUGUUGCCUUUAAGCUGGUUUGAUUGUUAGCACUUUACCAUCCUCUGAGCAGGAGUGUUGAUGUGUUUAACUAUGCACCAGCACAAAGCUUUUGUCCUGUAGCUUCUCCAAUUAAAUGUUUUAUUUUUAAGUUUAAUUGAUUUGUUCUGAUAUAUGAAUGUACUGUAUCUAUGUGUUGAUUGUUGAACUAACAGGGCUGUGAUAAGGACUGCCACAGAUUAAAAGGUA